AUGAGGCCGGGUUUGGGUCGUUCUAUCUAUAUCAAGCUUCCUAAGACAUUACAGGUCUCAAAGUCCUCAAUUCCUCAAUCUCAACCUUUUGAUCCUAGAUAUGCUCCUAAUUGUAGUGCAAAGACCCAAUAUUCCAUUCCCGAAUUUCUGGAUCAACCCAAAGAUAGUCAUAGUGGAUUAAACUCGCAGUACUUAUACUUGCUGUAUGGAUUCUUAUUAGCAAUAUUUUGUGUAGAGGUGAUAUUUGUGGCACUAGGGUGCUGGUUUUUGUUGAGAAGGGAGGGAAAGCAGUUACCAGGAGUAUGGCCAGCUGAGAUUGGCUAUGAAAUGAUAACCAACCAUUUUCGCGGAUACACUUACAAGGAGUUGCAGAGAGCGACUCAAAAGUUUAAGGAUCAAAUUGGGUGCGGGGCAUCUGGUCAUGUAUACAAGGGGGUCUUGAAGGACAAGAGGGUAGUGGCGGUGAAAAGGUUGGCAGACAUAAACCAAGGCGGGGAAGAAUUCCAACAUGAACUAAGUGUGAUUGGGAAGAUUUACCAUAUGAAUCUGGUGAGGGUAUGGGGGUUUUGUUCUGAUGGCCCACGCAGGAUAUUGGUUCUAGAGUACGUUGAGAAUGGUUCAUUGGAUAAAACUUUGUUUAGUAGCACAAGGUUACUUGAAUGGAAGGAAAGGUUUAAUAUUGCUAUAGGGGUGGCAAAAGGAUUGGCGUAUCUUCAUCAUGAAUGCUUGGAGUGGGUUAUCCAUUGUGACCUGAAGCCUGAAAAUAUAUUGUUGGAUGACAACUUGAACCCGAAGAUCAGUGACUUUGGCCUUGCUAAACUUGUGAGUAGAGGUGGAUCCAAUAAAACUGUGUCGAGGAUCCAUGGAACAAGAGGUUACAUAGCUCCUGAGUGGGUCUCUAGCCAACCAAUAACAGCAAAGGUUGAUGUCUACAGCUUCGGAGUGGUUGUCUUGGAACUACUGAAGGGGGCUCGUGUUUCAGACUGGGCAUCAAAUGCUGACGAGGAAGUGGAAACGGUCUUUGGAUGGGUCAUUAGGAUGCUUGCAGAAAAUCUACUGAUGGAGGGUGGCCAACAGUUAUGGAUCUCCAACUUUGUUGAUUCGAGAUUGAAUGGCCAGUUCAAUGAGUUGCAAGCAAGAACUAUGGUCAAGUUGGCCAUUUCUUGCGUAGAAGAAGAUACCAGAAAAAGGCCCACCAUGGAAAAUGUUGUGCAAAUGCUUCUUUCGGUUGUUGAUGCAUAA